AUGGCAGGACGCAGGAUCACCGGCCUGCAGCGCCAAGUCUACCACUGCUACAAGCGCGCUCUCAAGCUCGUCGCCUCCAAACCCCUCGAGAACCGCCCCGCCUGGUUCGCGUUCGUCGCUCACCAGUUCCGCCACCCGACCCUCGGCGGCGGCCUCAAGCGCAAGGACAUCUCGGCGAUCGAGCACCUCGUGCGGCGCGGCGACAAGAUGCUCGAGACGUACGGCGCGCCCGGCGUCAAAAAGGUCGUCGUGCCCGACACGCACGAGUGGCCGCUCGGCUGGGUCGCAAAGGGCGGCAAGGAGGGCCUCCAGCGCUGA